UAGAACGAGCGGCAGGGUCUGCGCGUGCGCAGCCUGGGAUUCUGCGACGCCAGGUGGGGGAGUGGAAGACGCUUGACAGCCCGGGCGCCUGCGCAACGGGUGAGGUGGGUGAAAGAACCCUCCCUGUGCUUGAGGUUCGGUUGGCGCAGGCGCAGUCGUGUCGAAGCUACCAGAAAGAUCGGAACGGCGGCGCCGUCUGGCUGUAUCGGCGGAGGAAGACCCGGUGAGGGGGAUUUAUUCGCAUUUGUGGAGCAGUGUUGGGAUCCUUCCUCAAGACCUCUAUUUUCCCGGCUCUCUUAUAACGUAUUAUAAUCAUACACAGCCUGCCAAAACGUGUCUCUUUCCUGUGGUGUUCAGAGCACAGCACAUCUGUUCUGUUAGCUCAUAACAGUAAAUCCCUCUUUGGGUUAGUGUCUCCAUAUGGCUGACAUGAGAAGGCCAAUCUUUGCCCACAUAUGGGAGGAGGAAGAAUGUCUAGAGUACUAUGGGAUGAUUUCCCUGCAUCGAAUGUUUGAGGUCAUUGGUUCCCAGCUUACAGAGAAUGACAUGGAUGCACUCUCUUUCCUUCUGGAUGAGACACAGCCUUGGACUCACCCGUUGGAUCCUGCCCUUUGGGCUGUGGCAGCAGCAGAAGAGAGUAGUUCUGAGACUACCUCCCCUGUGCUGGAGAGCUGGAAGAGGAAAAAUCAAUGGCGAUGUUGCUUGGGCAAGACUGAUGGUAGUCUUGAAGUUGCUGCUCAGAGGCAACUGCCCAAGAAUGGUGUACAACUGCUCCUGGAGCUAGAGAGAAGGGGCAAAUGUGAUGAAACCAACUUCGUGCAGCUUCUGCAGCUCCUGAGAGUACUGACAAGGCAUGAUCUGCUGCCAUAUGUCACUAUGAAAAGGCAGCGUACAGUUUCUCCUGAGAGAUACACCUAUGGACCAUCUGUCCUUUCAUCCGACCGGCAGAUGGACAACUGUCUCAAUUCAGCCUCUGCAGAGCCUCGAAAUGAUCAGUGGGAGACAGGCUCCAAUACGAGCAAAAGGAAGCGAGUAAGCAGAGGCCGGUCAAAGUCUACUUCCCGCAGGCGGCGGGGAGCUAAAUCAACUAAUGCUCCAAUGCAGGAGGUCCAAACUCCCACGAAAGUCACCUGUGACAUCCGGCUCCGUGUUCGUGCAGAGUACUGUGAACAUGACCCUGUCUUGCGUCAGAAUGUGAUGUCAAACAAGCAGAACCAUCUGGAGCGGCAGUUUGAUGUCUUUGGGCAGUCCAACACCAUCCUCAAAUCCCGUGACCUGGGCUCAAUAAUCUGUGACAUCAAGUUCUCAGAGCUGUCCUACCUUGAUGCCUUCUGGAGCGACUAUAUGAACGGCUCACUGCUAGAGGCACUUAAAGGGGUUUUCAUCACGGACUCUCUCAAAGAGGCCGUGGGCCAGGAGGCUAUCCGACUGCUGGUCAAUGUGGAUGAAGAUGAUUAUGAGGAGGGUCGCCGUCUGUUACUGGAAAGCGUUAUUCCCCAGGCCUGGUAACUUUAGCUACUAGGAAAUUUAGGGCACUUCAUUUUUACUCCCUGAUUACCACAUGGCUUACGUGAAUUGGAUGUAGACUUCAGGAAGGAAAUUUCUUUUUAGCCAAGGAACCUUUGUCCCGUCGCGGGGCAGGGCUGGAUCUUGACAGCGAUGGGACUUCAGGGAGUUAGAAUUGUGCCGCAGCUGCUCUUGUAUAGGUUGAAGCUUUGAAAGAGCAACUGGGAAUGGUCUUAAUUGACAUUCAGGUGUAAGUAGGGCUUGGCUAGAGGCACCCACUCAGUGUGGAUUCCUCAUUUUGAAGUGAAAGGGACAGCUUUUGGAGAGCCAUUUAGUCCUGAUAAUGAAGCAGAAAAAGGGGCUUUGAAACCCUUUUGGAAUAAGUUGCUAUGUGCAUCAUGCUCACUACCAGUACUUGUGUUUUUGACCUCUUGCAGAGGUGGAGAGCAUUCUCAUUUUGCAGAGUUGCAGGUACACCUCUUAAGGCCAGUAGCAGGGCAUGCUAUGUUGCCUACUUUCCUGGAAAAAGAGAAAUAACCUAUUUUCCUUCAAAUCUGAACCUG